GGCAUUGCAGAUUCGACUCAUCAGAUCCACUGUUCUCGCACUCAGAUAUUUGUUGGAUGCACUUACUUCAACAUAAUUCACUUUCAAGCCAAUUCAGUCCUAUUCAACUCAACAACAUGAUAUAAUGGUUACUGACAAGACUCCUUGUGAGAAAAGCGCCAGGCCUCCCCUUCGAUGGUAUAUAUGUAGGUGUGUAUGUGUAUGUAUGUAUAGACAUCUUCCUUACAUCAUCAUAUCAUAUGAUACUAUGCCGGGCCUGCCAUUUCGUCUGUCAAGCAAAGGCCGCAACGGCAAGGACGGAGAAGGUGGUGAGGAAGUGCAUUUCUGCUGAGUUGAUUGCUUCUGAGGCUUUUUGAAGAGGAUAUGGACAGA